CAGACAAUUACUGGGAAUCUACUGUGUGAAGUGAGUGCAGGAGACAUUGGCAGAGUCUUGGAAGCAGUCCUGGCUCAGACAUGUGACUGGGAAUCUCGCACUUCAGGAAAACAAAGCAUCUUACAAAUCACUGAAGAUGAUGUCUGCUGAACACUUAUGGACAGUACUUGUUCUCUUCCACCUAUGGACCCAAGAACUGGCGGAAGCAUCCAGCCUGGUCCUGACCAACAAUGGUCUCCGUGUCGGAAGAGGUCAAACCGUGUACAUCACUGAAAACAACUUGAGCUUCAAUAUCCCACGUGAUAGAGACUCCUGCAGAGUAGAAUUGGUUCUGAAUGAGCCAACAACCCAAAGAGUGGGAACUCUGUCUCCUCAGGGAUUUGAUUGCCAUUUCCUACCAGAUGAAGUGAAAUAUUCUCACAAUGGUUCCCCAGUGCUGGAUGAGGAUCACGUCAUGCUAAGGGUGUACAGGUUUUCUGAGCAAGAAACCAUUGUGGAAAGUUUUAUAUUUGAUGUAAAAGUUAUUGAACCCAUGGAUGGUAUUGCUCUGGUACAAAACUCCCUGGAAGUUCCAGGAUUUUAUGGGAUUUCAUCCAAACCACUAGAUAAGAACAUUCUGUCAUUCAAGCCAAGACCUGGGACAAGUUGUGUGGUCAGGACUCUUGAGUCUGACUUAAGUCUUCCAGCCUAUGGACAAGUUGUGAUAGAAGAACCAAAGCGGGACGGUAGACCUGUGUCAGGGGCUUCAGGGAACCUACGAGUGAGGAGCUACAGACAAGAACGAGUGCCGUGUUCUGGGAAUAAGGCAUGCCAUCCCGGAUUAAAGGAAAUGAAGCGACUGAAAACCAACUGCGCUGAUUUUUUGGAGAUGGGACUCAAGUAUGAACAUCUGAGUCCUCCCUCUCCUGAUGUGGAUUAUAUCCCUCUCCAGAUAGAAUACCGCAGUCAGGACAACAGGAAACAACUGCAGUUGCAAAAUAUAUGGAUCCCUGUAAAAAUCUCUGGAGCCGUCCCCAACACUCCACCCCGUGCUGCCUUCAUGCCUUCUUUUAUUUUGGAAAUUGACCAGUUUAUCCUAAGUCCACUAACCACGGCCACGCUAGACGCCGAAGAUGAUGAGACUCCUAAGAAGAAGCUUGUGUUCACAAUUAGUAAGGCUCCGCCACAGGGUUAUAUCACGCACCUGGACGACCAAACCAAGCAGAUUACAUCUUUCACAUGGCAGGAUCUUCAUGAAAUGAAAAUAGCCUAUCAGCCCCCAAACGUCACCCAUCUGGAGAGGCGCAACUAUGAGGUUGAAUUUCAAGCGAUUGAUGGUCACUUUCUCACCAGCCCCCCAAUAAUGGUCCAUUUCUCCAUAAGGACUGCAGAGACGAAUGCUCCUAGAGUGUCCUGGAAUAUGGGUCUGAACUUACUGGAGGGGCAGUCGCGGCCUAUAACCUGGGACAUUUUUCAGAUUGUGGAUAACGACAACAUUCAUGCUGUUCGGCUUGUCACGGUAGAUGGAUUACAUCAUGGACGCCUAACGGUUAAGGGAUCGAAGGCUUUUAUCUUCACCGUGCAGGACAUCCGGGACGGCGCCGUCCGCUACCAUCAUGAUGACAGCGACACAACCAAGGACUACAUUGUGUUCCGUAUUUUCGACGGCAGACACAGCAUUCGCCACAAGCUUCCCAUUAACAUCCUUCCUAAAGACGACAGCCCACCUUUCCUAGUCAAUAACGUUGGGUUCGAAGCUGCGGAAGGCGGCGCCAUCGCUAUAGAGAGGGACAUGUUAAUGGCGUCAGAUUUGGACUCCAGUGAUGACCACAUUCUAUAUAAUAUCACAAGGCCGCCGAAAGCCGGAGAGCUGGUGAAGAGAUAUUCCGAGGAGAGUCCAGGGAUUCCAGUAGAGACGUUCCAGCAGAGGGAUCUGUUUCGGGGCCUGAUUUAUUACAGACACUUUGGAGGAGAAAUAUUUCAGGACACCUUUGAAUUUGUGUUAUCAGACAGCCACGACCUGCCAAACUAUUCAGAGAGACAAACCGUGGUCAUUCACAUUGCUCCGGUGAAGGAUCAGCUCCCUGAAGAAGUUGCUGGAACAAGAAGACAUAUUUCAGUGAAGGAGAACGAGAUCAGCCGGAUCACCAGGCUGCACCUUCAUUUUACUGAUACAGAAUCCCCGGACAGUCAGCUCGUAUACACCAUCACCAAACCGUGCUACUCCGUAACAUCUCCAGGUGUAAAAGAUGCUGGAAAGCUGAUUUCUGUGGACACCUCAAGUAUUUUAGAAAAGGAUCCAUCAAUUUCCCGGCUCAGCUCCUUCACCCAACACGCAGUGGACCAUAUGAAGGUGGCGUACAUGCCUCCCAUACAGGACAUCGGUCCUGAUCGCCUCCAUGUCCAGUUUGAGUUUUCUGUAAGUGACCAACAUGGCGGGCGGCUGACCGGACUGAUAUUCAACAUAACCGUCAUUCCGGUGGAUGAUCAAGCUCCAAAGAUUUCCACCCACCCGGUGAGGACGGAGGAGGGCGGCAGUUGUCUCAUUACCGGAGAAAGUCUUGUCAUUUCUGAUGAGGACACAAAAAGUGAGAACCUGAGAAUCUUACUGAAAUCUGAACCCCGGCACGGAAAUGUGGAGCUUCGUGGGGUCCCAAUAGCUGAGCAGAGUUCCUUCAGCCUGGAGGAGCUGCUGACCUUCAAAGUCCGGUAUCAACAUGAUGACUCCGAGACAUUGGAAGACACCAUCUUCUUUACAGUAACAGAUGGAACUCAUAUUGCAGAUGGAGAACUGAAAGUUCAGAUCUCCCCUGUAAAUGAUGAGCCCCCGGAGCUACGAUCCAACCUGAAAUCCACCCUGUCCUGUCCAGAGGGGGGUCACAUCUACAUAACCGCUGAGAAUCUGUACGCAACUGAUCCAGACAGUGACGACAUGAGGCUGACCUACAUGAUCGCUCGCACUCCCCUGUAUGGAAUGGUCCAGAGAGAAGGCGUCAUGGUGGAGAAAUUCGCCCAACUCGAUGUCAUUCGAGGGUUAAUCUCCUAUAGACAUACAGGAGGGGAGAUCGGUGCCUAUCCGCGAGUGGAUACAGUUACACUGAUCGUGUCAGAUGGGGAAUCCGUUUCUGCCGACACCUGUUGCCUUGAGGGUCCUCCUCCCCCACCAAUUCCACUUCACGCCAGCCUCCCCGUCUAUGAUCUUAAUAUCACCCUAACGCCCAUCAAUAAUCAGCUGCCGGUGAUAAUCAUAGGAGAUGACUUUGUAGUGGAUGAAGGUUUUUCUUCGCUCAUAUCUGUAAAUCACGUGAGCGCCUCAGAUGUGGACACCCUGGAUGGAAACUUAACCUUCCUCAUGGAGACACAGCCACAGUUUGGCUAUCUUGAGAGCACAAUACCCUCUCCAGGGUCAGAGAAGAGCAUCUCUGAGACAAGAAUCCGUUCGUUCAGUCUACAGCAUGUCGGUUCCAGUUACAUCCGCUAUGUCCAGUCCCAUCAUGAGCACAUUGAGCCGACAUCGGAUUUCUUCAUGAUCUCAGUCACUGAUUCCAUCCAUAAAUCUAUGAUCGUUCCAUUCUACAUCAUCAUCAAACCCGUGAACGAUGAGGAACCUCAACUGCAUGUCAGGAACAUAACGGUAUUUGAGGGGGGGAGCUGCGAGAUAGGACCAGCCACAUUAAGCGCAACAGACCUGGAUAUCCCACCAGACAUAUUACGCUUCUCCAUGGUAGCCCCCCCAGCACAUGGCUUAUUAUUACACAGCUUGCAUUCUGCAGAUAUCAGUCACUACAAGCAAAUCCGCCCCACUGAGACACACAGAGAGCCCCUCAGGGACGCCUUCACCUUGGACGCACUAAAGCAAGGAAUGACCAUUGUGUACACGCAUGAUGACACAGAGACGCGGCAGGACCGUUUUACGCUGCAGCUGACAGAUGGCAAACACACAGUCCAGGAGACUCUGCACAUCCGUGUAACGCCAGUCAACGAUGAAAAACCGCAGCUCGUCAGGAAUGGAGGCCUGGAGGUGGAAGUGGCCGACAAUAAAGUCAUCUCCCCCUUGGUGCUGGAGGCUGAGGAUGAAGAUUCCUCGAGGACGGCAGUGUCUUACAUUAUCACCAGCACCCCAACAUUCGGCGAGCUGAAAAAAAGGGUUGGCUCAGCCUGGGCCACUCUGUACGCUGGAAUGAAUUUCACGCAGGAAGAUAUAGACAUGAAUCAUAUCUGGUAUUUUCACACCAUAAUCCUCGGCUGCAAGGGACAUGACAGCUUCCGAUUUUCCAUAACAGAUGGGGAGCACAAUACAGCCCCGCAAACUUUCUUCAUCUCCAUUUUAAACAUAGAGAAAGGUGACAUUGUUUUACUCACCAGCCCUGUAACUUUAACAGAGGGUGACAGGGUGACCUUGAUGACAGAUGUUCUUAUGGCAACAGAUGGCACGGGAAAACCAGAGAAGCUGCUGUACGCCGUUUCUGUGCCACCUGUUCAUGGUCAGAUUGAGUACAUCAAUUUUCCUGGCGUGCCCAUUUCCAGUUUCAGCCAGUUGGAUGUGGCGGCUCAGAAGGUUUCCUACGUCCACGACAACAGCCGUGAGGCUGGCAAGGACUCAUUCAGUUUUACUGUGAGCAAUGGAUUAAAGGCGAAAGAUGGGUCAUUACAGUUUAUCAUCGAUCAGACAGAUAGGAUUCCUCCAACUCUUCUUUUUAAUAAAGGGCUUCAAAUCUUGGAAGGAGAAGCCAUUGCCAUUACCCCUGAGGUCCUGCAGAUAUCGGACCCAGACAGCCCACUGGAAAAGCUUGCAUACACCAUUAAAAAAUAUCCACAACAUGGUCAGUUGUACCUGAGCGGCACCAUUCUGCAGCAGAACCAUUUUACACAGAUGGAUAUAAAUAAUUUAUAUCUGUCUUACCAACACUAUGGAGGAUCAGGAGAAAUUGACCGCUUCGUAUUCACAGCCACAGAUCAUACCAAUGUUGGAUUUUUGCUUAAUGGUCAGUUAAUAGAGGAUUCUGCAGUUUUUACAAUACAGGUGAAUCAUGUGGAUAAAAUACCUCCAAAACUAAUGCUCAAGGAUCAUCCGUCCAUUGUGGAGACCAUGAAAGACGGAAGGUCUGCCAUUCAGAUUACAGCCCGGAACCUGAGAGCUUCAGACAACAAAGACCCAGAUGAAGACCUUGUAUAUGUUAUUCUGAGAUCUCCACAUUUUGGACACCUGGAAAAUUCGAAAAUGGGGGAUCACAUAGGGCGAACAUUUACACAAAGAGAAAUAAACCAAAGGAUGAUUCGUUACAUCAUAAACCCCAUCUCUGGAGUCACUUCAGACAACUUUGAAUUUGAGAUUUCUGAUUCAGCUGGCAAUAAGAAUUCUCCAGAAAUACUUGAGCUGAGAUGGUCUGUAUUAGAACUUGCUGAAUCCUAUUAUCGUAUUUGUGAGAAUGCCGGGACUCUUGCAAUCAAAGUGAUUCGAGGAGGGAGCAGUAAAGAUCCAGCAUUUAUUGGAAUAAAGGUGCAGGAGAUUUCAGCCCGGUUGGGGCAGGACUUUACACAUACCAGUGCAAGCCUUGUGCAGUUUGAUCCAGGUGUUUCCACCAAAUCCUGGAAUAUUUAUAUGAAGAACGACGGUCUGGAGGAGAACCAUGAAUUCUUAAAAGUUAUCCUGAGGACACCCAAAAAUGCCAUACUGGGCAAGAUUACUGAGGCCACUGUCGAAAUAGUGGAUCCAAGACAAGGUCGAUGCGGCAACCAGGAUUCAGAACCAGAGAGGAUCUUCUACCAUGCCAUAAUCGGCAGCUCCAGGGGACACCAACCAAUUACUGAUGGAAGAAGAGAAGGAAGCCUAGGACCAUCUCCAAAGAUCACCCAGAUCCUCCUGCCCAACCCCCAGGUGUCUGCCCCCUCUACCCACCCUGCCAGCAAGCGGUCUUAUCAGCGGCCCGGGCCACAGAGGCGGUUCACUGGAAGCAGAGUCCUCGGGAUGACAUCAAAUAACGCUCCGCAGAGCAGCAGGAGAGGUGACCAAGGGCUGGUCAGAGCACCCCUUAACAUGUCCACUCAUUCUGAAGAGCGCCCCCUGCAGGAUUCUGCUAUACAGCAUUCAGAGCACCUGGCGAAGCAGGAUGAGAAGCCAAGGAUAUGUCCUGCCGGGUGGAGCCUGCACCAGAAAUCCUGCUAUUACCUCAGUGCCCAUCAGAAAUCCACCUGGGAAGACGCAGAGCGCCGCUGUGCACAAACAGACGGCAGCCACAUGACCAGCGUGCCUUCAGAAGCAGCCAUGAAGUGGCUCUGGAAGUUUGCAGACAAAAAGCCAUUUUGGAUUGGGCUCAGACGUGCGGGGGAUCCCUCUAGCUGGCAGUGGACGGACGGCCAACCUUGGACUCUUAGUAACUUUAAAAAGACUGAAUCUCGUCUUCGUGAAUCUGCAGAGAAUUGUGUCCUGGUCGGGCGGAGGAGAGAAUGGCAGAUAAGCGGCUGCGGUCAGAGGCACCGCUACAUCUGCUCUUUUCCCUUAUAGGAUUUCUCAACACGUGGCUAUAACCGCCCUGCGGAGGGUUUAAGACUUAUGAUCCAUCCCUGAAGUGUCGUCUGGUUACACCGCACAAUGCCUGCAUUAAAUGCAACCGCUCCUUGGUGCCUCACGGAGGCGGAGGGCGGCUUUAAUGCCCUUUUUAUGGUAACACACAAAUCUGCUCGGUAUAAUGGAAUUGCAUCAAUCCACUUGCGCUCGGCGGAAACAGCAAGCAAGGGCAUAGGUACCAUGUAGCAGCUAUGGGGCCCCUGAGAUGAGAGGGCCCAGUUCAUGGUACCUAUCACUGCUACAAAGGGGGUGGGGAGGACUACAAGAAUUGGGACAUCCAGUCCUAGGAUGGUGGGGUGUGAUCAAAUGAGUCAGAAAUGGAAGGGGGGCCACUUUUUAUAUUAACUAUGGGCCCCUUGAGGCCUAUAUUUGUUCCUGAUACUUAUUGCUUAAUAUCACAAAACUGAAUAUUGUUGAAUGUGUCUGCUGGUUGACAACCAGUAUAACCACCAUUACAGUACAGCUCCAGCUGGGAUCGCCACACAGCUUUCCCAUUCUUCUGAAUGGCCAUGCUUCCUGAUUAUAAAGUCAUAUAUCCCAUAUUUCCCUAAACAGCUGCAUAACUAGGCCAAUUGCAAAAGCGGGGUGACAACCAAUACGACACCAUUACAUCUGUGACAUGGGAUAUCACACAACUUUCCCAGUCUUCCCCAUAGUAGCUUAUGAAACCUGGGUGACAACUAGUAAAGCAACCAGUAUAAGUAAGAAAGGAGUUGUCAGAUGGCUUUCCAGAAUUCUAAGUGGC